AUGAUCCUCCUGUUUGCAACGCGGUUGUCGUCAAAACUCGAAGAAAUUUCGAGCGAAAUUGAACGGGACAUGCUCGAAUUCCGAGACAUGGAAAAACAAACCGAUGUUCAUGUGCGCGUUAGUCGUUCCACAAAACGCCGCCACUUCCGUCGCAACCGCCAAGCCGAAGGCAACUGCCAUUGUGAUGGCGAUCGAGCCUGUCCAGCUGGACCUCCUGGCGUGCCCGGUGAACCGGGAGAGGAUGGCACACCAGGCCUUCCAGGCCAACCGGGAGCACCGGGAGCUCGUGGAAAUGCUGUACCUAUAGCUAUGGACGCUCGAGGACAGUGCAGAGCGUGUCCAAACGGGCUACCCGGUCCACCAGGCCCACCCGGACAACCUGGUCUGCCUGGAGUUCCUGGACCAAAUGGAGCUGGAUGGGAAACGUCUCUACCCGGCCCGCCAGGA